UGUUGGUGGAUAUAGAUUUGCUGUCCGCUUGUGUGUUGGAUCAUUUUGCAUCGCGACAUUUGACGUCGGUCGUGCCGAUUUCCAUUUGUCAUAUUGUUCAUUUUCGUGGAUUGUGGGUUUGCCAUUUUUCCGCCUCAAACGACGUCGUUGCUGGACGCCAGCAACAAAUAAGCAGAUCGUGACUCGUGCGUGCUGUUUAGAGUGCAAUCACAGUAGGUGCUGGUGUUUCCUGGUGGAUGAUGGGUGACAGACAAGUGAAUAUGUAACUCAAAUGCAUACAAAGAGAGCCGGGGUGUUUGACUAAAAUCGUGGAGUGUUUUUAUUUUGGUGCGGCUCGAGACAGCUGGGGUGUGCGAAAUUCUUGUGGGCAAACAGAAGAAGGAAAAUCAAGUUCAGGCGCAGUGUGCCGCAGUGAUACUUUUGAUACCUACAUAUAUAUUUACAUUGUGCGUAAUUAUUUCGAUAAGCCUAUCCUACCGCGGUUGAACAGUCCUGCUAUGGACGCAAAUCGUGAUUCCAACGCCGGCGAGGAGGAUUCUUCCGCGACACUGAGCUCAGAAGAGUUCGAGAGCUGGACGUUGGUGGACCGAUCACCGAAAGCCGGAAACUCUAAGAUGAAACCCGGACAGAUACAACGCACCGAGCAGUCGGAUAAGGAAAAAGUGGAAGACGCGGAAGCUGAGGAGGAGAGUGACGAAGAUGUUGAUGAUGAUGAAGAAGAAGAAGAAGAGAGUGGAUCAUCGAACGAAGGCGACAUCGAAGCGGAAGAGGAUACGCGGGACAAACCCAGUGGAGUGGAACCAGUGAAAAAUAAAACCAAACAAACCAAAGAUGAAAGCGAUGCUGAUGUAGCACGUGACAAAGGUGACGAUGUUGGUCGGCCAGACGAGAGGGAAAGCAGCAAAAAGAAGCUUGCCGGCAGUAACGUUAGCUUGCACUCCCACGAUGGUUCGUCUUCGGAUGGUAUUAGCGUGAUAAGCGACAGCGACGGGGGCGAUCACGCGCGUCUCCAUUUCAACAAACAUUUGAACUUAGACCAGCUUCAGCAAUCGAGUGUGCAGCUCACGCCUCCGCUCUCCCCAGAACAAGACGCCGAGAAAAAAUCCAACCGCAACAAACAACUUAAGCGCAAACGAAUUCAUGACGAUGCUGAUACUGCACUCGUACCAGAAAACUCGGUCGUUCCGUGGAAGCAUGUAGGUCAAACAUCGUUCAUAAUUUUCAGCAUUAUCCUGACAGGGAUAGCUGCCGUCAUGAUUGGCAACUCAAGAAUGUAUGAAAAUCGCGCCAACAUCGACAAUUUCGAUCAUGAGCAACGACUCUCUGAAUUGGAACUGGAGAAUACGAUUCUGAGGAACGAAAUGAACAAGCUGAAACAUUUAUAUACUCGGUCGGAACUGGACGAACAGGUUCAGCAGGCUGAAUUUGAAUGGAUUCAAACCAUGGAUCAACAGAUGGACGACCAAUUUCCAACUGAACCGGAACCCCAACCAGAGCCGGAACCACCGACAUCUGAGCCAGAGCAACCUCGCGUGCGACGAGUUCCUCCACAGGACGAAAACGUGAGGCACAAAGUUGUUUGGUCGGGAGACGACGGCCAGCCUAUGUUGAUCGCGGACCAAGACUAUGUGCUACCGGAAUUCUGCUACAACAAGGACGCAGUACAGGAUGAGCUUUUCUCCGAAUAUAGCGCCAAAUAUUGCGACACUAAGCAGCGAAAAAUCGAAGCCAAACUGAAGAAAGCGGAACACUAUGAGAACAAGCACAAAAAGCACAAACACCCGAGAGACUACAAGCAGUACAUCCAUCCAACGGCCGAGGAAGUCGCCGAACAUCAAAAGCAAUCGACUGCUCCCCCGCCCAAAAUUCCUUCGCUGUCGCCGUUUGAGUUCGAUUACGCCAGUGCGUUUGAAUCAAUCAAGGAAGAAGGCUCCGUCAUCCUGCAGGGGCUCUCAGCAAUUCUGGAUCUUGACCCUGAGCCGGAGUUGAUUCUUUCUACUGUGAGCGAAGGGUAUCUAGCAGAUGACGAGGUGAGUAGCAGCAGCAGCAGUACGAGCACUGGAAGCGCUAGUACCACUGCACCGCCAAAUGUCGGACCAACGGCUACCGAAGCAAUCAUCUGGGCUGACUAUCCGACGUGGGUGCGCGAAAAGUACGAAACCCAACCGGAUAUGCACUGGAAGCUGAAAAACAAAGCAUCGCUACUGUGGGAGUGGGAACGGAAGAAGAAUCAAUUUUUGGAUGAGGUGGGACUGAACACGUUGGAGGAGAUUGACCGGAAAACCGAGGAUGAACUGCGCCAGCGACGGGAGCAGUACGAAAGGGAACGCAAGGGCCGGCAGCCCGGAGAAUUCGGAGGGGAGCAGACCUACAACAAUAACAGGGAUCACCGGGGCAAAGGAGGAAAAUAUGAUGAGCGAAAGGAUUAUCGACCCCGGAACGGUGACGAUCGUUCACACGAGCACAGAGACUAUCAUCACAAAGAGCAUCACAAGGAAUGGAAUAGCAAGGAGAGACAAAAUGGUGACAAGAACCCAGAUUACAACCGACAGGCUGAUAAUGAAAGACCAUCAACUUCCCACGAAAAAUCUACUCAGAAGCAAUACCACAAGGAGAACGAUAGCCGACAAGAUAGCGACGAAAGCCGAGAAGUGUCGUCCGGAGAUCGUGAUCCUCGCUACAAGGAUCGGAAACAUAGCAAAGAGCGGAAAGACAGCAAGGAAUGGAAAGACCGUAGGAAGAACGGCGACCAUCCUCACAAGCGCCGUGAUAGUGAUGAACGUGACGAUUCCGGGGAGGUGUUUGAUUCGCAGCAGCAUCAUUCGGAGGAGCAUAAGAAGUACCACAGUUCAAAGGAGGAACAUCAUCGCGACAGGAAGUAUGAUGAACGAAAGCCUCACCACGAUCGCCGUCGGGAUGGGGACGAUGACGAUGAUGAUGACGACGACGACGAUGAUGACGAUCAUUAUAAGCGGCGAAACAAGGAUAAGCAUCACCGCAAUGGUGAUGACUACCGUAAGCACGAACAGAUGGAGUGGCACGGCAAAGGGCACAAGCACAAGAAAGACGAUCAUUGGAACAAGCACGAGGACAGGAAGUGGCAUGAAUCGAAGGAAAGGCGACGAUAGGCGUCGACCAAAUUUUAGAUGUGAUUGAGAUUAGGUGGUAUUUUGAGAAGGAGGAGGCGAGUUCGGAAUACCGGAAUGUUAUAUUCAUAGCUAUAACAAUAUUUUAGAAUCUUAUUAAGAGUAGAGCAAAAAUAAUUGAAAAAUAACAUAAAUCAAAGAGUAAUUCUAUGACGUGAAACAUGGUUUGAAUAAGCCAUUAUAUCCUUCAAUAGAUGGAAAAAAUAAAUUUAAACGAAGUAAAUUCCCAGUCAAA